AAAUCCCCAGUCUGCUUCUUCGCAGCGCCAAAAACCAGCCCAACCAUAGCAGUUCUAAAGCGAUAGCUGUUCGCCAGCGAACCUCCAGUUUCAACGCUAGCAGUCGGCGGCGGAAGGUAAGUUCCUUGGCAGGAUGAGCAUCUCCUCCGCUCUAGCCAUCUCUCGCCUACCUUCUCUUCCACCCAUUCGCUGUUCUCUUGCGGUCCCACUUCGCUUCAAGCAGAGGUCAUCGGUGGUUUCCUUAAGGUGCUGGUGCGGCCCUUCUCCAAAGAUGGAUUCCGAUUCUGGGGCCUCGGACAAGGCUUUUUUCCUCGGUUUGUCUACAUCCAGUUGGUGUACAGGGCUUGGAGCUGUAGGGUUUAUGGAGACGGCGUACCUUACCUAUAUUAAGCUUUUUAACUCCGAUGCUUUCUGCGCUGUUGCUGGAGGUGGCUGCAACGAUGUCCUCAACAGCGAUUAUUCAAACGUAUUCGGUGUUCCACUUCCACUUAUAGGCAUGGUUUCGUAUGGCUUAGUUACAUUGCUUUCUCUACAACAAUCAAGGAGCAAUUUACUGUAUGGAUUUGGUGAAAUUGAUGUUCGUUUUCUUUUAUUGGCGAUAACUACUUCAAUGGCAACAGCAAGCACUUAUUUCUUGUACCUUCUCGGCACUAAAUUAUCAGGGACAGUGUGUUCAUACUGUCUAAUUUCAGUUUUCCUAUCCUUUAGCCUUUUAUUUAUUACUUUGAAGGAUUAUGCUUUUGAAGAGAUCCAAAAGGUGGUUGGUGUGCAGUUUGCCAUUGUUGCUAUUAUUCUUGCUACAUUAAGUAAUUCAUAUACUAUGACAAUGCCUAAAUAUUUCGGGUCAAGUGACAUUAUCCUUGAACCAUAUGAAACAGAGAUUAUUGAACAAUCAACCCCUUGGACAAUAGCUUUGGCAAAACACUUGCAUUCUAUAGGUGCUAAGAUGUAUGGGGCCUUCUGGUGUUCUCAUUGCCAGGAACAGAAACAGAUGUUUGGACGUGAAGCUGCAAAAAUUCUAGAUUAUGUUGAGUGCUUCCCUGACGGGGUUGGAAAAGGAAGGAAAAUGACUACGGAAUGCACACUUGCUGGACUGGAAGGCUUCCCUACGUGGAUUAUAAAAGGGAAGGUUUUAAGUGGGGAGCAGAAUCUACAAGCUCUAGCAGAUGCAUCUGGGUUUGCGAGUCAGGAUUCUUCUUAUGCGUUGGCCUCAAAGCAAGAUCAGUCAUGACUCUCUUUUCCCACCAUAUUUUAAAAGCUCUACAAACUUGCUUCCAGUUUCUGUAAAAUUGGUGCUCAGCUUUGUAAUUGUAUAUAAAGCUGAUGACGAGGAAGAAUAAUGGAAGAUCAAAUUAGGGUGAUAGCUUACGAGCACUAAAGAGGUGUUUCUUAUGUGUAGAUUUUCCCAUGGAAUUUUGCCAAUACUUUUGUAGCAAAUUAUAUUUUCCAACACUUAAUGUUAUAUCUUCCAUUAGUAGCAAUUUAUAGCAGUUACCCCCUUUUAUGUAGUUCUUAAAGCGUUAAGGAGCUCUAACUCGAACAUUAUUUUUUUUUU